GUUAGUAAUAGUGGUAGUAACCUAUAAACAAUGUUUGCUGUAUUUUGAUGUAACUUAUAAAACAUUAUUUCGAUGUCUUCCUCUAGGUCUCCAAAGAAUAUUAAACACAUGGUUUCAGAGAGCAAGCAAGAUGUUGAUAACAUGAUCCUAAGCCUCGAAAAACUAAAAAACCUCUCUCAAGAUGACAAGUCUGAAAAUGCAAUGCUUCGAUCUAGAAUUGACGAACAGAGCCAAUUAAUAUGUAUCUUGAAAAAAAGGGCGGAUGAAGAACUUGUGAGAUCACAAACACUGGAGCGAGUAAACAAUGAAAUGGUGCAGUUCCGGGACCAAGCCCAGCAGAUCAUUGAUGUUGAACUGAAAAAAAAUGGUUUACUUGAAUCCAGAUUCAGCGAGCUCGCCGAAAACCAUCAAGAAAUGAUUCGCUUCAAAGAUGAAUACAAACAACAGAAUAAAAAACUAAGGGAUGAAAAUUCAAGAUUGGUAGCGGAAAAUAAAAACCUGUUUUCAUCAAAGCUUCUGGAAAAAGAUGAACAGAUUCAUACUCUCCAAAAGCAAGUUGAAAAGUUAAAGGACCAAGUUGCAGAAAUGGAACUGGUUUGCAGCGAAUUAAAAUUUGAGGUGCUGAGCAAAGAAAGUGAAAUUUCAAGACAAAGGGAUGCUUCCUCAGGGGAUCUUCUAAUUCUUCAGAAAAAAGUUGAGCAAUUGGAGCAAGAAUUAAAAGAAUUUGAGGAAGUGAAUACCAAACUGAAGAUGAAGGGAGAUUCUGUGGAAAGCAACCAGCUCCUAAGGGUGGAAAAACUGACAAAGGAAAGGGAUGAGUUAUUGCAGCUAUCAAUGCAACGUGGAAAACUUAUUCAGGAUAAACAGAAAGAAAUCAAGAUUCUCCAAAACAAAGUGCUGGCAGCUGAGAAAGAUGUUUUGAAGAUGGAGGACAGAUUUGAAAGAGAAGCAGCGGCAGUGUCUAGUAAUAUCCAAGUUAUCAAACUUAAAAAUGAAAGAGAUGAUGCAGAAAAAGCAAUUAAACAGCUGCGAAUGGAGUACGAAGCAUUCCGCAAGCACACUGGAAGCAUGCUGGAAAAAGAGAGGCAGCUGAACGCUCAGCUACGCAAUUUUAUGCCCUGAUGACUUACAAGGCUGAUGACGAUGAUGGUUCAAAUGAUGAUGGCAAUGG